UCUGUUCGAACAAGUCUGCCCUGACGACAACGAACUGCAGUUCCACCUUAAAAUAACAAUUUAAAAUGUUAUUAUCAAAUUUCUAUUCCACUUUAACUUGCACUUGAUGGACCCAUAAAAUUCAUAGCGCUUUACCGCGAACCUGAGGAGGCCUCCGUUUUACAUGAAAAGCUGACAAGAGGUCAUUAACGCGGUAAUCUGAAACAUGUCGUGCGAGGAAAGCUACUUGGCGAUCAUACGCUAUCUAACCGACGAAAGAGAGCCGUACGCGCCGGGGACGCCUGGGAACACCAAGAGAAAAAUACGCAAAGCCGCGGUGUGCUACGUAAUGAGAAACGGCACUUUGUUCUACCAACGUCGACUCAAGGGCCAGGAUGACUUUACCGAGCUGGAAGUAGUGCUGCAGGACGAGCGGAAGAAGGAACUUAUCACCCAGGCGCACCUCAGCGACACCGGGGAACAUCUGAACCAGCAAGCCACAUGGGACACCAUCUCCCAGAAGUACUGGUGGAGAGGUAUCCUGAAGAAUGUGAAGGACAUCAUCAGAGAAUGUGCAGUGUGUCAAAGCAGACGCAGUGAGGAGGGUCCUGGUCGACCACUUGGACGUAGCCGACGCAAAGUCCUGAAUGAGGAGGAGGAUGAUGAGGAGGAAGAGGAUGGCUCCUUCUUCACUGAGCGAUAUAAGGCCAAACAUGAACUUGUGUUUGUGGACAGUAAAGGGGUAGUGAACCAGUUCCUGCCCAAACACAGCGGGACCAUGCUGGACAAACUGAACAAUCAGCGCCUCAAUAAUCAGUUCUGUGACAUCACUCUUCUGAUUGAGGGGGAGGAGUUCCGGGCUCACAAAGCUGUACUCGCUGCGUGCAGCGACUAUUUCCACCAACUGUUCUUCGAGAAGGGGGCAGCCACAACGCAUGAGGCCAUGGUCGAUCUCUCAGGAUUCACAAAGGCCAGUUUUCUGCCACUGUUGGACUUUGCCUACACCUCCUCUCUCACAUUUAACUUCUGUUUCAUGGCGGACAUUGCCAAUCUGGCGCGGCACUUGCUGAUGACAGAGGUGCUGCAGAUCUGUGAGUCCGUGCACAAAAAGGUGGAGGAGCAGAAGCUGACAGUGUAUCAGAGAGGAGAUGUGCACACUGUAGUGUCUGCUCACAGCGAGCAGGACCUGGACUCUGGACACGGGCAGGAGGAGGAGGACGUCCCUGCUGAGGCUGCAGAUGCCACCUAUGUAGUGGCCAUAGACAGUGAAGGCAGUGCUGUGGCGGUCACUCCAGAGCAGCUCGCCUUUGUAACCAAUAAAGACUUCAUUCAACAGCCAAUGGCUGUGGUCGCCCAGGGAAAUGGUGAGGGGGUAGAACAUGAGACAGUGACUCUGAUCGCCCACACGCAGCCACAGCCCGGUGAGACAGUCACUCUGAUCUCUGGAGCAGAGGCGCUGGAGGGCGAGGCCAUGACUGUGGUGACUCACAGUGGGCAGGCAGGGGCCAGUGACUCCCUGGCUGUGGUGUCGGCCUGUUUGGCUCUGGAGGAGCAACCGGACGCCCAGCCCCCUGGCCAGGCUUACGUAAUCAGAGUGGACUCAGACAGAGGGGUAGAGGUCACUCAAAGUGAGCCUGUCCAACCUCAGAUAUCUCCUAAUGACACAACACACACUGAGCGUGCCAUUCAGACGGAAGCAACGUCCCUGCCACAGAAGCGCAGAAGGGGGCGUCCAGCCAAAGUGAAGAAGGAGGUGGUGGAGGAGCCUGUCCCAGAGGAGGAGGAGCCUGUCCCAGAGGAUGGCCCCGAGCCCCAGGAGCAGGGUGAGGACUCUGGCCGCAGGAGACUGAGGCACCGCUCCAUCGCUGAAGGAGGCUAUGCACGCCUGCACAUGGGACUAGAGGAAGAGGAGGAGGAAGAGAUGGGAGGGAGUACCACACCUUCUCAAGCCACUGCCCCAAAGGUGAUGCGUUCAGGGAAGAGGGGCCGACCACCCAAACGGCCUGUGGAGAGAUCUGCGGAGACCUCUGUGGGGGUCUCUGUGGAGGACGGUGUGACCACUGCAGAGGACCGCUCUGAGGAGGAGGGGGCGGAACCAGAGCCUUUAAAGCAGGAGGGCGCGCCUGACAGUGCAGUGGACGGAGAGCAUACCUGCUCCGAGUGCGGCAUGUCCUUCCAGAGGAGGUACUCUCUCAUCAUGCACACACUCAAGCAUGAGAAGGCCCGCAGCUAUAAAUGCAGCCUGUGCAGUAAGGAGUUCCAGUACGCCGCCUCUUUGCGCACUCAUCUGGCCCGACACAAGCAGCAGAGCAGUCAGCGUGGCACCCCUCGUGUGGUGGAGUUGGGUCCUGAGUCCCGGGCAGAGGAUGGAGAGGACAGGGGACAGGUGACUCACACUAAGAGGGAGUUUGUGUGUGACAUCUGUGGAAAAACCCUCCCAAAACUCUACUCUCUGCGCCUGCACAUGCUGAGUCACACGGGGGUCCGGCCACACUCAUGUAAAGUCUGUGGAAAGACCUUCGCUCACAAACACAGUCUGAAGAUGCACCGGACGCUGCAUGAUGUCUCCAAACAGUUCCAGUGCCAGUACUGCCACAAGACCUUUGUUAGCAAGAGGAGCAUGGAGGACCACACCAGUCUGCACACUGGUCAGUCCAAGUACCUGUGCAACACAUGUGGGGCCACCUUCCAUCGCGCCUCUGCUCUGUGUAAACACAUGAAGAAGCACCAGCCCAAACCUAAUGAGCGCCCCUUCGCCUGCGCACAUUGUGAUAAGCGGUUCUUCGAGGCCAAAGACCUUCAGCAGCACAUGAACAAACACAUGGGGCUGAAGCCAUUCCAGUGUCAGGUCUGUGGGAAGUGCUACAGCUGGAAGAAGGACUGGUACUCCCAUGUGAAGUCCCACAGCGUUGCGGAGCCCUAUAAGUGUAAUGUUUGUGGAAAGGAGUUCUUUGAGAAAGCGCUGUUUCGACGGCAUGUGAAGAAGGCGACGCAUGGCAAAAAAGGGCGAGUGAAGCAGAACUUGGAGAGAGAGUGCGGGCAGUGUGGCCGCAAGUUCACCCAGCUCCGAGAGUACAGACGCCACAUCAACAACCACCAGGGAGUGAAGCCGUUUGAGUGCCUGACCUGUGGCGUGGCCUGGGCAGAUGCUCGCUCCCUAAAGCGUCAUGUGCGCACACACACAGGUGAGCGGCCCUACGUCUGCCCCAUCUGUCAGGAGGCACACAUCGACGCUCGCACCCUUCGAAAACACAUGGGCAAAUACCACACAGACAACUUGCCCGGGAAGAUCAUGCUGGAGAAGGACACGCUGCAAUUCCAUAACCAGGGUACACAGGUGGAGCACGCUGUCAGCAUCCUGGCCUCAGAACUGCCCCCUGAGCUCCGGCAGCCACAGCCGCCCGGGGAUGAGGAGAUUGAGACCGUGCUGAUCACAGAGGAGACUGUGGAGGCUGUGGAAGCAGUACAAGCUGCACAAGCUGUCCAGGCCGCUGCAGAGGGUGUGUCCACUCUGUCUGACCAGGGCAUCAUGCAGGUGGUCAACUAUGUCUUGGCACAGCAGGCCCUGAGCAGCACUAAAGAGGACACCCCCGAAAUCAUCCAGACCAUGGAGGUGGAGGUGGCCCAUGUGGCAGAGGUCGAGUGAACUGUUCUAAUGUAAAGAGACUGUUGGAAUUGUACAGGAGGUUGUAAAAUUGUGUUUUUGUUUUGUAAGUUAAGCACAUUUUAUGUGUAAAUAAUGGCAACAUGUACAGAAUAAAACAUUUACAUUACAAUAAACAUGUUAAUGAUUAUAUUAAACACCU